GUGUGUCUGUGUGUCUGUGUGUACUGAGCAGAGGUGAAGAAGAGGAGGAUGAAGCUGGGAACGGAGGAUGGGAGGAAGAGUGGAAUAAGCGACAGGCUAGCUAUCAAGGGCUGUGUAUGCAUGCCUGCAAGUGUGAAUGCGUGAGUGAGGAAGAGGGAGGUGGUUAUCGGACUGAAACAAAGACGCAUUUUGGAACCCCGAAACAUUAACGGAAACUUUAAACUUUUACCAGCAAGAGCUUGGCUACUGUGCCGGGUCCCGGCUUUGUUUCGAGGCAGGGGAGGUUUACAAUAAAUGCAGGGAUAAAAUAGCCCCAGAUCGAAAAAAAAUUACGCAAGAGGGGAAUCCCUUGGAUAGUGUUUGUUGGGGGUAACGAGAGAAUGGCGGCCAACAUGUACCGAGUGGGAGAUUACGUGUACUUUGAGAAUUCCUCCAGCAACCCUUACCUGAUCCGCAGAAUAGAAGAGCUCAACAAGACGGCCAAUGGGAACGUGGAAGCCAAGGUGGUGUGUCUGUUUCGGAGGAGGGACAUCUCGGGCAACCUCAACACUCUGGCCGACAGCAACGCAAGAGACUUUGAGGAGGAGUCCAAGCAGCCCACAGUGUCUGAACAGCAGAAACACCAGCUGAAACACAGAGAACUCUUCCUCUCUCGGCAGUUUGAGUCUUUACCAGCCACUCACAUAAGGGGGAAAUGUAACGUUACACUCCUCAACGAAACAGACGUCCUCGCCGGAUACUUGGAGAAAGAGGAGUGUUUCUUCUACUCGCUGGUGUUUGACCCGGUCCAGAAGACCCUGCUGGCGGACCAAGGAGAGAUCCGGGUGGGCUCCAAGUACCAGGCCGAGAUCCCCGACAAGUUAGCCGAAGGUGAAGAAGACACCCGUAUUCAGGAGAAGCUGGAGGUCAAGGUGUGGCACCCCGACAACCAGCUCAAAGACCCACAGAUCGACCAGUUUCUGGUGGUGGCUCGUGCUGUGGGGACGUUUGCCCGAGCCCUGGACUGCAGCAGCUCUAUCCGUCAACCCAGCCUGCAUAUGAGUGCUGCGGCCGCCUCCCGAGACAUCACGCUGUUCCAUGCGAUGGAUACCCUGCAGAAGAACGGCUAUGACCUCGCCAAGGCCAUGUCCACGCUGGUGCCGCAGGGCGGGCCCGUGCUCUGCCGCGACGAGAUGGAGGAGUGGAGCGCCUCGGAGGCCAUGCUGUUCGAGGAGGCCCUUGAGAAGUAUGGCAAGGACUUCAACGACAUCCGCCAGGACUUUUUGCCGUGGAAGUCACUAGCCAGCGUGGUUCAGUUCUACUACAUGUGGAAAACCACCGACCGCUACAUUCAACAGAAACGACUCAAGGCAGCGGAAGCAGACAGCAAGCUGAAGCAGGUUUACAUCCCCACCUACACCAAGCCCAACCCCAACCAGAUCAUGGCUCCUGGUAACAAGCCUGGCAUGAACGGGGCCGCUGGCUUCCAGAAAGGACUGAGCUGUGAGAGCUGCCGUAAUCUCCCCUCUGUUGCAGCCGCCCAGUCAGCACAGUGGUACGCGUGGGGUCCUCCCAACAUGCAGUGCAGACUGUGUGCAUCCUGCUGGAUCUACUGGAAGAAGUACGGAGGCCUGAAGACCCCCACACAGCUAGAGGGCGCCGCAAGAUCUGGCUCAGAGUCAACCCCCCGAGGUCACAUGACCCGCCAGGAAGUGCAGGGCCUGUCACCGUUCACGACUAGUGGGGGGCGGGCCAAGCUGCUGGCCAAAAACCGCCAGACGUUCAUCCUGCAGACCACCAAGCUGACGCGCAUCGCCCGCCGCGUCUGCACCGACAUCCUGCAGCCCCGCAGCGCCGCACGCCGCCCCUACGCCUCCAUCAACGCCAAUGCCGUCAAGGCCGAGUGUAUGAUAAGGCUGCCUAAAGCGACCAAGGCCCCUAUAAAGAACUGCUCAAUCCCCCGACCACCACUGGCCACCAUAGUGAAGGAACUGGCCAUCCAGGCUCCACUCAAGCUGAAGGCCCCCAGAGGCACCCCCACCCCCAUCAACCGCAACCAGGCCAACCAGCCCCGCGGGGGAUCGGCCCUGCUCGGGAAGAGGCCCUUUGACAGCAGCGCGUUGGCACUGCCGUUCCCCACCAAUGGGAGGCCGUUCACAUCAGGCAUGAGGACCACCUCUCAGUCAGUGAUCAAGCGUCAGAAAGUGAACCAAGGAGACGCGCCAAACCCUGUGGUUUUUGUUGCUACUAAAUACACCAGGGCUCUGAGGAAACACCUGACCCAGUCUGAGAUGCGGCGGGCAGCCAGGAAACCACACCUCCCCGUCAGGGUCAAGCUGCCCCUGCCUCCCCGGCCCCUGGCUCUAGCCAUCCUGCCCUCCAGCACCAGCGAGCCCAUCGUCCUGGAAGACUAACCCCCCCACUGCGAAACAGGAAGGGCGCACCACCGCGCACCGACCUGCUAGUGUAGCAGCACAACCCCAUACCAGUAGUUGUUUUAUCUCGUCGUAUUUUUUAAAUCUCGUCUUCUGUUCUGUUACCUCCCAAAAGCUGACGUGCUGCUCCCCCCCACACACACACACACACACACACACACACACACACACACACACACACACACACACACACACACACACACACACACACACACACACGAGUGACACCCACAUGUAUGCAUUACAUCUAGUACAUGGCAUCAAUUCUUUACACACACACUACGCAUACACUGAGUGUACAAAACAUUAGGAACACCCCCUUUUGCCCUCAGGAACGCCUCAAACCCAGCAGCGUUGCAGUUCUUGACACACUCAAACCAGUGCACCUGGCACCUACUACCAUACCCUGUUCAAAGGCACUUAAAUAUUUUGUCUUGCCCAUUCACCCUCUGAAUGACACACAAUCCAUGUCUCAAGGCUUAGAAAUCCUUCUUUAACCUGUCUCUUCCCCUUCAUCUACACUGAUUGAAGUGUAUUUAACAAGUGACGUCAAUAAGGGAUCAUAGCAUUCACCUGGUCCGUCUAUGUCAGGGGUGGGCAACUCCAGUCCUCGGGGCCUGAUUGCCUCCCCUGGUCUAUGUCAUGGAAAGAGCAGGUGUUUUUAAUGUUCUGUACACUGAGUGUAUACACAGACACAACACCCCCCCACAUACACGCACUAGGCUUUGGGCUUUACUAUUUUAUUCCGGCUCUUUUUGCUUAAUUAUUUUUGCUCCCCUUUUUUUAAUGGCAAAUAAUUUGAACUGUGUAAUUUAAAAUCAGAAAUAUUUCUCAUCCUGAAAUAAUGGUGAUUUAAGCACACUUUAUUUUUUUCCCUCCAGGUCCUUUCUUAUCUGUGUAAAUAUUAGCAGCAUUUUGAGGGGUUGACACCUAAUUGUUUGGGGACUGGUAGGGGUGUGGUUGUGGGAGGGCCAUGGAAAUAGAAAUACUAGAACCACAGCAAUUUGACUAAAUGUCCGUUCUAGUUAUUCAUAUUCUAUAGGGAGGGCUAUGUGGGGCAGUUUUUUAGCAUGUUUUUUGGAAAGUCUAUUUUGAUCAAGGUUUCACCCACUUGUUCCAUCAUAGGUCUGGGAGGUUGCAGUAAAGUGCUUUGUGUGACCCAUCCUUCAAGGAUACUUGUCAGAUUCUACUUUAGACCCCCGUCUUCUCUUACACCAUCACAUCAGGCCCUACCCCCUCUCCACACCUAAAUUUGACCUGAUCCUGCCCCCUAUCUCUCCAUAAUCCUAUCAGAAGUUACGUUUGAGGGUUUGAUAGUGAGGAAAUCAAUUCUGUUGACCCCCCCCCUCCGGGUCUUUUUAACAUCAGCAGCUUUCCACCCAACUCCCUCUCAUAACCUCUAGGUGUUGAGCUCUGUUUUUCUAGUUGAUUGUCGUCACAAUCAAUUUGAGUCCUGUCUUGUUUACCAUCACUUGAUUGUCACACUUUUUACAGCCGUUUAUUUACCCAUCUGGAGAGAGACAGUCGGGAUCCUUCUCUGUAAUGCAUUUGGGUGCAUUUUGGUUUUGACUGAGAAGACCGCUUGAGUUGCCUGGCUACCCAGCCACAUUGUUCCCACUAACUGACGUUCCUUCUCCACGAUGAGUCUGGAUUUGCCUGCCUCCCCCGAUGAUUUCUAGAACGCAAACACAUACUGACCGUUCUGAUUGGUCCCAGAAACCUAUGGGUUGGGCCAGAGCCUGCCUAUAUGCUGACGUUAUCAACUUUGAUACACUGAUUGGUUAGACGAUCCAAUCACUGAUGGAUUUGUUUUGUUCAACGCCCCUCAUUUUGAAGUCAAACAAGCAACGUCUAGGAUGGCAGUUUUAGACUGAAUGAAUGUAGCGAUCGAAAGAGCAGAGGAAUUAAAUUCAGGAUGAAUCGUCAGGCAACCGCUUGAGUACAGCGGUCUUGUGUCUUCAAUACUAUGGUAGGCGAGAGGAAAAAGUAAGGGUUUAGGAAAGGGUGGUGUAGGUUAACAAGGUAGAUGAGAUUCAUAUUGUGUAGGUUUGGAAGAUAUUCAAACAAAGGUGGUACUGGAUGUGGAUCUGAUUGUUUGGGACAUGCAAAAUAGAUACUGUUGUCUUUGAGGUCCUUUAUUGAGAGAAAUAUGGGUUUGUUUUAGUGGAGUCAGAAUGGAGCCAUAAAAAAAUAAAACAUUCUAGGUGUAAAACUCCAUUCUUCGAUAGCCCCUGUUAAUUUUGUCACCUGUACCAAUAAAUCAUAUGCCUUCAGCUCCCCCAAACAUAGACUAGGCCACAGCAAUUAUGACAAUGGACUGUUUGGAUCUUGGGUUUGAAUGAAACUGGCAAAUGAUGUUACGAGCUGGUUGUUGUCAGAUAAUGUUGUUACUAAAGCAGCAAUAUAUAUUGGCCUGGGUGCUGGAGUCACGUCGUUGAUGAUGGGAGUGGAAUCUCCAGGGAUGUCUCUACUUGUGGGUUGAUUUGGUUUGAAUCUUAAUUUUCCCUUUUUGUGUUUAUUAUGAAGAAAGGGUGAGUUUAGAUUAAAUUAAUUCUUAAUUGGAUAUUAUAAUUCCUCUUUCUCCCUCAGGGCUCUGUGUGCAAUGGCAGCCAGUAUGGGGGUAGAAAUGACUGAUUUAUAAGCAAGUUUGGUCCCAAUGUGGGCUUUUGUAAUGUUUCUAAAACAAUUUGAAGUGUUAAAAUACUAAUCUGAAGAAGGAAAAAAAAAACUUGGCCUAUUGAAAAGUAGUUUUUUUAUAUUAAAUCUUUGGGGAAGAAGGCUUGUAAUUACUCCAUAUUGUGGAGAGGGUUAAAAUACUGUACAUGUGAACAUUGCUCUCCAUUGGGUGGGUUUGGAGGGGGGGGGGGCAAAUCAGAGCAGGUGGGAGGGAUGUAGAGGGGGUUAGAAUUUUGUAUGUUGGAGAGAGAAUUAUGCUACAAUUAAUGGGUUUUCUCAAGUGUUUUUUAUUCCAAUGUCUGUAUCCUUUUAAUGUAUCUUGAUAAGAAAAUAAAGAUUUUUUUUUUCUUUGUGGUCCUAUA